AUGCAUCCUCUCACCUUUCUUACACUUUUACUUAUUCCAAUAUUCAACUGCCAAGUUGUGAAAUUGAUUGAGAUCUACGGAACUGUAGUAGAUGGGAUUUCUUAUGGUGCAACAUGUGAUGAUAAAAACUCAUGCCUAUCAUAUUGCUAUUAUGGUUCAACUUGCAUUCUUGUCUACUGCCCUUCUGAAGGAAAAUGUACGGUAUUCGACUAUAUUCGACGACCUAAAUCUCUAAAAGUUGAAAAAUCCAGUAAAGAUGAGAGGAACAUUGUGUAUUUCAAGACAAUAUCUACAUCAGAAAACUGCGAAAAAUCCUAUAAAGAUGUAAAAAUCAGCGUUCCUUCCGAAGCCAACGGAUCCUACUCAUGGGAGGUAACUAGUGACAUUUGGAGUUUUCAAGGAUGCAGAGAUGGUUGGAAGAGAUUUGACAGGACGGAUGGUGUCUCGGUUUGUAUGAAAGGGGUUUUGAAGAAUACCAAUCGAGUUGAAGGCUCGGAUGAGUGCUUGAGGCUGGGAGCACAGCUAAUCGGUGUGGCGAGUUACGAGGAGAGCUUGUGGAUGUUCGACUUCAUCGGUUCUGUCAAAAAUCAACAAAACAUAUAUUUCUGGGUCGAUGGCCAAAGAAACAAUUCCGAAAUAGACGGAUUCGAAUGGUCUGAUGGAUUCACAACAGGCAAAGCAGCUCUUGGUAUUGAUAUUGCUAUGCUAGAUGGGAUGGCUGGCGGUGAAAAUUGUCUGACUAUUCGGUAUAGCCCGCAAAACGUCGAGAAGCCUCUGAACGAUGUCAGUUGCACGCAUAAUGGAGGAUCUGGAGUGUCCUGUGGAUAUCGAAUAUUUUGA